AUGGAGGCUGACAGAUUAAAUACCCCAACCACUUUUGAGAUGCCAUUGGAGGUUUUUGGUCACGAGUUGCAAUUUGCUCAGGACCCCAAUUCUAAGCACCAUGGAACUACAGUAUGGGAUGCAUCACUUGUUUUUGCCAAGUUUCUUGAACGGAAUUGCAGGAAAGGAAGGUUUUCCCCUGCUAAACUUAAAGGAAAACGUGUUAUAGAACUAGGAGCUGGCUGUGGUGUUUCUGGAUUUGGCAUGGCUUUACUUGGUUGCAAUGUUAUAGUGACAGACCAAGAGGAGGUUUUGCCAUUGUUACAAAGAAACAUGGAUCGUAAUACUUCAAGGGUUAUGCAAAAGAAUCCUGAGUCAUUUGGCUCAAUCAAGGUUUCAGUGCUUCAAUGGGGAGAUGAGAGUCACAUUAAGGAUGUUGGUCCUCCAUUUGACUACAUUAUUGGCACCGACGUUGUUUAUGCAGAACAUCUAUUGGAGCCUCUGUUGCAAACAAUACUUGCUUUAUCUGGACCUAGGACUACUGUUGUGUUGGGUUAUGAGAUCCGUUCCACCAGUGUCCAUGAGAAGAUGCUACAGAUGUGGAAAAAACACUUUGACGUGAAGACUGUUUCAAAAUCAAAGAUGGAUGAAACAUUUCAACAUCCAAGCAUUCAACUCUAUAUUCUAGGAUUAAAACAUUCAGCAGAGAGCAGAGAGAGCUCAGGUCAAGCUGCCUCUGAAAAAGUUGAUGUUGAAACUGGCGUUAAGGAUAAAAACACCGAGGAGAAUAUUGUAGUAGAAGGAUCUUGUCUUGUUGAAGAAAACACUGAGGUUGAUAGUAAUUCAAUUCCCCCACAUGCAAACCUUAGCGAGUGGGAAGCCAGACGGUAUGGCUCAAUGGCCGCAAGGAUUCUUAGAGAUGUUAAAAUAUCAUGA